GCAGAGAGAGAGAGAGAGAGAGAGAGAGAGAGAGAGAGAGAGAGAGAGAGAGGGAGAGGGGGGGGGGCGCGCGUACUGAACCGGACAAAAAGAGGUUUGGAGAGUCGGAGUCAUGCACAGCUGAGGUCUGAGGAGAGUUGCCAUUCUUCACAGCUCCAGAAAGUCCAGUGAUCACUGAGUGCCACACAGCUGUGCCCUGACAGGUUGAGGACGUGGGCGCGCACCGAGAGGCUCCUGUGCGCCAGACGUGAUGUUUGGGGACGAGUCCCAGCAGGUGAGGAGGCAGCAGGAUGUGGCAGUGCUGCAGGCGCGGGAGUCACCUGUUGCGGCGGCUUCAGGCAGAGGAGCAGCUCGGUCUUUCACAGACGAGGCCGUGUCCAUCCUGACCUCCAGCAGCUUGUUGGCUCGCUCCUUGUUGGGUCGCACCACCGCUAUCAAAUGCAAGGAAAACCCUGCUUCCAUAGUCCGACGCAAGCGGGAGUUCAUUCCUCAUGACCAAAAAGAUGAGGGUUACUGGGACAAGCGCAGGAAGAAUAAUGAGGCGGCGAAGCGCUCACGAGAGAAGCGGCGUGUGAACGAUAUGGUACUGGAGAGCCGUGUUCUGGCUCUGCUGGAGGAAAACGCUCGCCUUCGGGCAGAGUUGCUGGCCCUGAAGUUCCGUUUUGGCCUGGUUAAAGAACCCACCAAUGCUCCUAUCCUGCCCCUCAAUGCAGUGCCUCAACACACCCCUCAGACUUUCACUCCUCACUACUAUCUCCAGAGGGGAGACGGAGGUCACCCCGGUGUUUCUGCCUCACAUCCUCACCACCAGGCAGGCCAGUUAGGCGUGCGAGGAACUAGAGAUACAGGCGUCAUUUCAGAGGAUUCUGGAUUCUCUACACCAGGUGGCUCCAGUGUGGGCAGCCCAGUCUUCUUUGAAGACCGGCUGAGUGACCAUGGGAAAUUAUCUCCACACAGGGCGGAGGAGCUGGGCUAUGACCUCCACCAGUCCCCAGAUGAGGUCCACGCUCACACUGGAGGACUCACUGGAGGGAAGUUGGACCAACCUGACCCAAUGAAAAACCUUCCUCACAAGCUGCGUUUCAAGAUGCCUGGCAGUGGGGAGGGGGCAGAUCCUGCAGGAGAAAACAGCAGUGCCAGACCCAGUCACACCCUAUCCACAGGGGGCCCAGAGUGCCCAAGAGAGGCCCUCAAAGGACAAGGGGUGAGUGGAGCUGAAACAAUCCCCUGGUUCCAGCAGCUGGAGGGUGAAGAGAGCAGGAGGGGAACGCAGUCUCCUAAGCACACUUCGGCUGGCGGCUACGGUCUCCAGCAUCCCAUGGGACAAACUGAAGUCCAGUAUCAGCACGAGAACAGCUUCCUAAAGUCUCAGCUCAACUCUCUGACUGAGGAGGUGGCUCAGCUGAAGAGGCUUUUCACAGAACAGCUCAUGGCCAAAGCAAACUGAGGAUCGGUCCUGAUACAAACCACAGUGGACAAAAUCUAGACUCUCUUAAAAAAAGACACUUUAUCACAACCAUGAUCUCAACCUUCGAUCUCGCAAUUUUCUUAAACUCCCUUGAUCGCCCCCUGUAGGUUCAGAGUAGAGAGAUGCUUGUCUUAACAACAGAUGUUUGUCGACGAGGAAGAAAUGACUUUCCACUUGAAAAAAGCAUUUGAAGCGACUGCAUGUCUUGAAAGUCAACCAGCUCAGCCAACACGGUCACGGUUAAGUCCUCCUCUAAAUUUCUUGGCACAAGUAUAGCCUGUUGUGAAAGGUUAAAGCGUGAUGCCUCAAGCAAGUGGAACGGCAGCAAAAGUGUGAUCAUGUGACUGUUCAAAGGGUCAACUGAUAAAAAAAAACACACUUCUAA